UUAAUCUUAUACUGAUUUAAAUUCUCCGAGUAUUAUUUCAUUUUCAAUUUUUGACACUGGUGGACUAAACACCAUACAUCUCAAUGAAAAAGUUCUGAUACUACUUCAAGAACAAGCUCAUUCACUUGUGUGUUCAUCAUGAGCACAAUUUGAUACAUACAUCCUUGUUCAGCUAUACCAAUCUGAAAGUUUCUAACUUUGCAAUCGCAGAUUCCACGAGCUAUCAGAGUUCGACGACAUGAAAAGGAGCUGCAGGAGGCGCUUGGCUGGGCACAACGAGCGAAGAAGGAAGAAUGCAGCUGAACCCCAUCACCAUCACCAUGCCUCAGCAGCAGCAGCAGAAGAAGGAUCAAGCAGGAGAGGAGUGGUGGUGGAAGGGCAGUUGCAGGACAUUAUGUGUGGCCAAGUUGGUGAUCACAGCAGCAGCAGCAGGGCACGGAUCAAGAUCGCCACAAUCCAGGAGAAUCCCACGUACAAGCAUUUCCAGAUCAGAUGAAAAGAGAACCAUUUCCCUCCAUCUUCAUCUCUAUCUGGCUAGCUUCAAGGAGGAAAUUAAAAAGAAAUUGCUCUCUCUCUUCUGUCAUCCUCUUCCAAGCCCAUGUUUUCUUAAUUGACUUCACUCCCAGCGUUUCUGUACUCGUAAUAAACUGAGCACAAUCAUGAAGGUCUCCUGUAACUAGGCUGCUUAGGUAUGCUGUGGUGUUAGCUGAACAUUAAUGCUUGCAUGGCAGACUGUGAUUUAAAGCUACUGGAAUUUGGUAUUGUUUGUAUAACAGUAACUAACCUGGGGAUCAGGGUUGUUAAUGACUUUGUACUAUGUACGUAAGUUGAUGUGAUAAUGUUUAUAUGCUUGUGUUGUUUUCUGUACAAGUUUUCUGUCCUCAAUCACCAUCUAGGUGUGACUUGUGAAGCACUGGAAAAAUAACAAGGAAACAAGAGGAACAGUUUCAUGGGAGCCUGACAGUAGUAGUACUAAGUACUAAUAUAUGCUUGUGCUGUGCCCAUGUGACUGUUGUCAGAGUUUUCGUUUUGUUGCACUUGCUGCAUUCUUGAGAUAAUUAGAUUACUUCAUGGAAAUUUUUUGAAUGGGUGGUUUGUACAUUCGAGAUAUUUGGUUCAGGUACUUUAGUUAUAGGUAGUUGAGCUUUUUUUUUAAUAGUAAUCUGUGAGCUUUUAUUGAGGUGAAACUGUUACAUCAUCCAAACGAAGUUGGUCUAAAAGAAUUAUUGGUGGCGUAUCAAACCACACAACUGUUUCCUCCCAUCCUGUUCUAACAGUCGCCAUCGUAUGUGCUGCAUUAUUUGUUUCUCGAUAAACAUGGUGCCACGUACCUCCUUCAGCUUCGGCCAACAAGCGUCUCACACUCCGGCAAACCACUCCAACCUCCGUCUGAUUUGUCAUCGCUUUGUUGAUUCGUUGUGUAACUAGUAAACUGUCCAUCUCCAGGAUUGGUCGUUCCACUCUAUGUUGCAUUGCCAGCUGACAACCCAGCUCGGCUGGCAAAGCUUCAGCCAUUUCCACCACAAAUGCCCCCCGGGAACGCCUCGCCGCUGCAAACAGGAAUCUACCAUUCGAGUCCCUGGCCACUACUCCAAGACCUACUCCCCCCUCACACAAACCCGCAUCGGUAUUAAUCUUGAUCCACCCCGGUGGUGGUCUACGCCAUCGUCCAUGUCGUCCCUGUCUCACAAUCUCCGGAUUCUAUUCUUGUUGGCUAUGAUAUUCGUCGAGGUAAGAUAAAACUGUUGGAAAUUUGGUAGAACCGGUCGUCCCUAAAAGUCCCAACAAAAACUCUAGCAAAAAUCUCAGUCUCCUCUGUCUUUGAUCCAUUGAAGAGGUGUGCAUUCCUUUCCUUCCAUAUAGCCCAUAGAAACACAAUCCAUUCUUCUGUCUCCCGCUGCGAAGCUUCUUUUAUCACCUUCCAAACCCAAUCCAUGCAUCCCAGUGCUCCUCUUAUAUUAAACCACUACGCCAAAUGGGUAGGUCUCCAUAGCCGGCUUGUCCACUCACAUUGCCCAAUAAAUGAAUCUGGGUCUCUGGUAGGUCGCAAAACGGGCAUGCAUCGCCUCUUCGUUGGCUUCGGGUACUCAUGUGAUCACCUGUAGCCAGUACGUUACGAGCCAUCUUCCACACAAAAUGGCGGACCUUGGGGGGGGGGGGGGGGGGGGGAACAUUCAGAGCCCAUAUCUGUUUCCACAUUUCCAGCGUUCCCACUACUUCAAUACCAUUCGCCUGUUUAAACUCCUCGACCCACAACCGAUACCCAUCCCGAACCGUAUAGCAUCCUGAACUGUUGUUUGCCAAUAUCAGCUUAUCCGGCUCUCUACAGUCUCGGAGUGGGAUUGUCCGUAUGGUCGCAGCAACUGCCGCAGGGAAACAACUCUCAAGAAGAGCUUUGUCCCAUCUCUCUAUCUCAGGAUCAAUCAGGUCUCGGACUUUUGAAUCUACCGGGAGGCCCAUCGAUGACGACGGGACAAAAAAUCCCGGGGAGCUUG